AUGUCAGAUUAUCAUUCCCGACACACACGUUUGCAACUCGCACCAUAUAAGCUUGACUUCUCUCUCGGCUCCCUAAAAAGAGUUGCGGCCAACGUAGCAGUCAAGGCAUUGUGUCUUAUCGGACGCAGUACCACGCUCCCGGAACUCCUUGAAGUCUUGGUUGAUACGAGCACCAAGGAGAAACCAUUUUUACAUCUUUAUAUUGGUUUUGGCCACAUGCCAAAACUAGGGGCUCUGCUGGCAGCUGCCUGUAUUGUGCAUUCAGAACCCGUCGUCAAAUCUCCCGAAUUUCAGGAGUUUGGAACUAUCAAUCAUGCGUAUAGUUCGGUCCAGGUGGGAAAUCUUGCUUCAGCCAGUCGGGAGGUAACAACAUUCAAUGUUCCAGGAGGAAGGUACGUAUGAAUGUCUCUUGAUUCCAUGCAGGAUGAAGGUGCCAGUCUUACCAACACCUAGAUUCAUAUAUGCCCCUUUCAUGCGUAAGAUUUCACACCUUCCCUUCCGUACCUUCAUGAAGUGCGCAACUCGCCGAUUUCUUCGACAGUAAUAUCCUUAUCACCCCAAUGGAAACACGCAGCAGAUGGUCUCCGGGUGCAUAACGCAUACUCAACAUUCAUGGAGAGAUCUAUCAAUUUAACCAAGGACAUGGAUUUAUUUCAUCCGUUUAUCUAUCAGAAUUACGCGAAUGUCAGCCAGGAUGUUUUUGGGGGGUAUGGCGAGCAUAAUCGGGCGAGGCAGUUGGAGAUUCAGGGGAAGUAUGAUCCUGAGAGGGUUUUUGCUAACUUAACGCAUGUUUGGCUCACGAAGCAAAUACUUUUGCAUGCAAUUCUUUUAUAA